GGAAGUCCAGCCACCCGUCCCGGAGGCUGCGGUGGCGCGGGAGCCGCUGCAGCCGCUGCCGGCGCUCGCCAUGGGCCCGGGUCCCCAGCUGCUGCUACCUCUCGCGCUUUGCGUGGGGCUCGGCGCGCUCGUGACUUCUGCGGGGGCCUCGGGCGUCAGCAGGCGAGGCCCCACCGUGACGGCCAAGGUCUUCUUCGAUGUGAGAAUUGGAGACAAAGAUGUCGGCAGAAUCGUGAUUGGCCUCUUCGGCAAGGUUGUGCCCAAGACUGUGGAAAAUUUUGUCGCGCUUGCAACCGGGGAGAAAGGAUACGGCUAUAAAGGAAGCAAAUUUCAUCGCGUCAUCAAAGAUUUCAUGAUUCAAGGAGGAGACUUCACGAGUGGGGACGGCACCGGUGGUAUAAGCAUUUAUGGUGAGACAUUUCCAGAUGAGAACUUCAAGCUGAAGCAUUAUGGCAUUGGGUGGGUAAGCAUGGCCAAUGCUGGACCUGAUACCAACGGCUCUCAGUUCUUCAUCACCUUGACCAAGCCCACCUGGCUGGAUGGCAAACAUGUGGUAUUUGGAAAAGUCCUUGAUGGAAUGACGGUGGUCCACUCCAUAGAACUUCAGGCAACUGAUGGGCACGACCGUCCGCUCACAGACUGCUCCAUCGUCAACAGCGGCAAGAUAGACGUGAAGACCCCCUUUGUGGUUGAGGUCUCUGACUGGUGAUACAACGGGCCGAAAACAAGAAACACUGUGGCAGGGAUGUGUGUGUGUGCGCUUGCACAUGUGUGUCUUUUGAGUUUCCAAAGUUACUGUUUUGCUCUGUUUUCUUACCUCUGUGUUUCACUCCCCAUCACAGGAAAGUUCAAAACAUCAACCACUCAGAGAUUAGUUUGCAUGAAUUUUGGUAAAUCACUUGUGUUUAGGGACUUGGCACUUCAAAGACCUCGCCCCUUCCUCCGACGGUGCUGUUUUUAAACUAGAAAACUUUGUAUUGUCUGUUUUUGUUUGGAGAACACAGUCAUUAUCUUGCUGAAUUAAUUGUAAUCCCCAAAGUUGGGGACUCGAAUUACAUCGAGGAUGCUGAAGAUUCAUCUGAAGAAGGUGGGGACAGUGAUGUUUGUUAUUUUGUACUCAAAUUCUUUGCAGGUAAAGGGAGAUUUGAUGAGUGUAAUCUGUAAUCUGAGAUAUGUCAUAGGGACUUCUACCUGAUAAAAGGUGCUUUUGUGUCCUAUUAAAUGCUUUUUAUAUAGGUCAA